UGUUUUCUGUUGGCGUUUUUAACUUUUUUAUUUAUUAUUGAUAUUGGUUUAGGCGCUGAAUCUGCAAUCCCAACCCAAAAAUCUCUCUUUCGGUUUUUUUAUUUUCGUUGAAUUAUUCUCUGACUCGCGUCGAUCUCCUAUCACUUUUCGGUUCUUGGGCGGGGAAUUGCGUCACGUUGCGAGUGACGGAAGACGUGAAUUUUCCGGCGUGGUAAGAUUCCGUUGAAAUAUUUGUUUGGUCUGAGAGGGAGGGGGAAAACUUUUUGGCAUUCCAGUCGUUCUUGCUUCAGAUCUGGGAUUUAGGGUUUGGUUUUGGUGGCGGUUGAUGGUAUUUUUGGGGGAGGGGCUUUGGUAGAUGGAAUCGGGGGUGAGAUCAGGUGGUUCUGGGGUUGUGGUGAAGAGUAGGAACUCCUCAGGUUGUUUAAUUGUUCGAAAGAAAGGGGAUGGGUUGGGUGCUACGGCUUCCCCCUCUCGGAAGCUGUACGAAUCUAAGAAAAGGGCCAAAGUCAACAUGUCCUUGAGUGAUUCUGGAUCGAGCGAUGAAUUGCUGAUGCCUACUGGUAGAAGGCUUGGCCCCGAGACCGUUCGAGUUUGUAAUGGUUUAAGUGGCUUUGAGCGGGGUGCCACAAGUAGGGGCGGGAGUGAAAUUAGAAGGAAGAGGGAUAGACUGGAACGAAUUAGGGGUAAUGGGGAAAGUAUAGCUGCGGAUAAUGGUUUGGACCAGAGGGAAAGGAAACGCAAGAAGUUGAAUGUGUAUGAUUUUGAGGAAUACGAUGGAAUGGGUGUGGAUAAGAUGAGGAGGAGGCAUUUUGAUAAUGAUGGAGUUGGUUAUGGAGGAGGAAAGUUUGUGGGAUCAAUGCAUGCUGCUAGAAGUGGCAUUGAUAGGGAGUUUGAAACAGGGUCGAGUGCACGUAUGCUUGAUAAAAGAAAGAACUCUUAUUAUGAGAGGCCAAGUGGGCUGUAUCCAGAAGAUAAUGUUGAUCACAGUAGGUUUAAGAUGAACAGAGAUGGAGCUCGGCUACCUCUAUCCUUGCCAAGGGAGAAGUUUAAUGCAGACGAGUCCAUUAGGGUUCAGGGCAAAAAUGGUGUUUUGAAGGUAAUGGUUAAUAAGAAGAAGGUGGGUGGGCCGUCAGAACACUAUGAUCAUCACAAACCCGUGGAAAGCAGGCAAAGGUUGAAGAUUGAAGGGACUACCAAGAGAAAUGUUCUGAUUCAUCCUUCGCCAUACUUGGAAACAAAGCCUGUCGAGAAACCAGGAUUACUGGUUAAGUCAGAGAAGAAACAGAUGGCAUCAAGAAAAUCAUUGUCAAGCAAGGACAGUAAGGGCGAUGAGGGGGAUUCAGACAACAGUGACAUGUCAUUGAAUCUGGUCAUAAGAAAUACUGAAGCUCGCAAGCCUACAAAGAAGAAGGUGUCUGAGGAUGAGCAGACUCCUGUGCAUGAAAAGCUGCCAAAUACAAGAACGAAAGAAGGAAAAAUCAAGCGUGGUAGUGGUACAGAAAAACAGAAACUGCGAGAACGAAUAAGGGAGAUGCUGCUGAGUGCAGGUUGGACCAUAGACUAUCGUCCUCGAAGGAAUAGAGACUAUCUAGAUGCAGUUUACAUUAAUCCAGCAGGUACUGCCUAUUGGUCUAUCAUCAAGGCCUAUGAUGCACUACGAAAGCAAUUGAAUGAUGAUGCUAAUGAGGCCAAGCCCAAGGGGGAUAGUUCUUCUUUUUCUCCUAUUGCGGAUGAGGUUCUCAGUCAGCUGACAAGGAAAACUAGGAAGAAAAUGGAGAAAGAAAUGAAAAAGAAGAAGAAAAUAUAUGAUAGUGAAAGUGAUAGUGGAAAAGAGACUCAAAUAAGGAGACCUGCCAGCAACAAGCAUGAUAUGAAUAGCACAGACAGUGAUAGCAACGAGGAGAAACUAAGCUCCUUUAUAAAGCAGGGAAGUAAGUCAAUGAAAAAUAAAAUGUUUGAAAAUACCGUUUUCAGUGCUUGCUCUAAAAACCAGAAUGCUACCCAACACUCAAGUGAUGCAAUAGAAAAAUCGUUCUCUGGAAGUGAACCUCAUGCUCAUGGACGGAAGAGUAGAAAACAUGGAAGAUGUACUUUGUUGGUUCGUGGUGCCAACAAAGGAUUAAAUUCAGAAUCUGAUGGCUUUGUCCCAUAUACAGGCAAACGGACAAUUCUUUCCUGGUUGAUUGACUCUGGAACAGUAGAGUUAAGCCAAAAGGUUCAGUACCGGAGGCGGAAAAAAGUACUGCUGGAGGGAUGGAUCACAAGAGAUGGAAUUCAUUGUGGCUGCUGUAGUAAGAUUCUUACAGUUGCAAAGUUUGAGCUUCAUGCAGGAAGCAAAUUGCCGCAGCCAUAUCAAAAUAUAUAUUUGGAAUCUGGAAUUUCUCUUCUACAGUGCCAGAUAGAUGCAUGGAAUAGACAAGAGCAUUCUGAAAAAAUUGGUUUCCAUUCAGUGGAUAUUGAUGGUGAUGAUCCAAAUGAUGAUACUUGUGGUAUAUGUGGAGAUGGAGGGGAUUUAAUCUGCUGUGAUGGUUGUCCAUCAACAUUUCAUCAGAGCUGCUUGAAUAUUAAGAUGCUUCCUCUUGGUGAAUGGAAUUGUCCAAAUUGCACCUGUAAAAUUUGUGGCACAGCUAGUGGAUCUUUUACAAAAGAAGAUGCAACUGUGUAUGUCCUACGUACUUGCAACUUAUGUGAGAAAAAAUACCAUGACUCUUGCACCAAGGAGAUGGAUACCCUUCCUAAUAACUUCAAUAUGCCAGGCCUUUCUUUUUGUGGUAAAGAGUGCAAAGAGCUUUUUGAGCACUUGAAGAAGUACCUUGGUACCAAGCAUGAAUUAGAAGCAGGUUUUACGUGGUCUAUUAUUCAUAGAACAGAUGAAGACUCUGAGGCAGCUAGUAGGGGAACUUCCCAGAGGGUAGAAUGCAAUUCCAAGCUGGCUAUUGCACUGACUGUGAUGGAUGAAUGCUUUUUACCAGUUGUUGAUCGGAGGAGUGGGAUCAAUUUAAUCCGUAAUGUUUUAUAUAAUAGUGGAUCUAACUUUAGUCGGUUAAGUUAUAGUGGCUUUUACACUGCUAUUUUGGAGAGAGGAGAUGAAAUCAUUUCUGCAGCAUCAAUCAGGUUCCAUGGAACUAAGAUAGCAGAGAUGCCAUUCAUCGGAACUCGCCAUAUAUAUAGGCGUCAAGGGAUGUGCCGCAGGCUUUUUUCUGUCAUUGAAUCGGUGCUUUGCUCUCUGAAGGUUGAGAAACUGGUUAUUCCUGCAAUUGCUGAACUCAUCCAUACGUGGACAACAGUUUUUGGCUUCACACAUGUUGACAAAUCACUCAGGCAAGAAAUGACGUCAUUGAAUAUGAUGGCCUUCCCUGGUAUAGAUAUGUUACAGAAGCUGUUAGUAGAACAAGGAAAACAUGAGGGUACAACUGCAGGUUCUGAGAAAAUGGGAAGUGGAGACACUGGUUUUAUCAAGACCAAAAAGGGAAAUAGGUCAGAUAUGGGUUCUUCAACUCCACUAGAUUCUCAUGGAAGUGAUGAUGCUAGUUCAAAUCCUGCUAAUGAGAUGAAUGAUGAACACAGUGAUGCUUCUCAAGAACUAAAUGAUCAAGUUUUGGUUGAUGGGACUGUGUAUUCCAAAUAUCAUUCUGAGGAAAUGUCUGAUUCAGCUUCAGAUAAAUAUGUUUCUCCUUCCAGUACUAGUCAUGAUGCACUAGAAAUGAAAAAUAAAAUAGUGAUAGCUCCUCCUAUUGAUAAAUUAAAUCAAUCUUCCAAAUGUCAAUCCAUUUCUCUGAAUGACACUUCUGUGAGUAGUCACCCAUUAGAUGUUCCAAAAUUUCAAGAUUUGGCUCAGGAAACUGCAAGUUCUGAUCCAUGUUCUCCAGAAAACCUUGACAAGAAAUGUCACUCAUUCACUACUAUGAAUUAUAAUUCAUUGGAGCUUGACAUUAAUCCAGUUUUGGAUUCCCAAAUUGCAGACAUUACUCCACCUUCUAAAGAAGUUUGUAUGAAUGAUGCUCUCGAGGUUCUUAAAGCUGUUCCUUCGGGGAAUAUAUCUGAAGAGAAUAUUACCAAGGAGAAUAAUCAAAAUGUAGAUGUCUCUGGUUCUGCUCUCAAUCAUGCUGACGACAGUUUGUUGCAAGUAAGAUCUGAUUCCAAUGGUGAAAUUGGAUGUGAGAAUGAGAAGGAUUUACAUUUGAACUCAGGAGUGGCUUCGAAUGAAAUGGAUUUUGAUGAAAGUGGGCUAAAUGCUUCUGGUGAUAGUUCCGAAACUGUUCCAGUCUAACGGAAUGACCGAGUCGUGUACUGCUGAUUUGUUUAGUGCUUUACUGUCCGCAAUACUCUUUUAAGUUGUCUUUUCAAGCUUCAUUGCUUUGUGUGCAAAUCAAUUUUCAAGGUUUUGAAGCUUCAAUGUCGUGCUUUGAUCUGGGUAUUGUGAACAAGUUCUGUUGAUUUCGAGGGUUUGGUCCCUUGAGUCGUUGAUGAGUAUGAAUUUAAGGUUCAAAGUAUCUAACUUCAUUUUGUGUGAAUGUUUCUUCUGCCAAAAAAUUUCGACUGCAUCUGGCACCAGACCUAUUGCCAUAUGAUCAUGUAGCCGAAUGAUGAAGUUAUUGCAAAGUAAUACAGCAGUCCUCCUUCAACCGAAGCAAAUCCUUUGAGUUACAUUAUAUGGUUGUGCGGUUCCUAUUGUAUAUAUCUGAAGGUACAGUGGGUCUGAGUUUCUGCUCAGUCCCUUUGUGCCACUCAAUUGUCCACAGUAAUUCAUCAUAUGACAUAAGCAGUACUUGGAGCAAUUUUUUACGUAGAUUGGCAACAUAUGUUUCAUUUGGCUUGUCUAUAUUUAUUGAGCUUGUGAUGGAAGCAAGAAUUAAUUUUCUUUCAUUCCACACUGAGCUUCUUGUACCUAGCUUGUGAUCCAUUUCUGCCAAAGCUCUUUAAACAGAAAUUUGGUCAUAAUGUUUUUAGUUUUGGGGGGGCCCUCUUACUUUCUCCUAUCAAGGUUGAAGCCAUUUGGAUAUGAUUUUAUUGUAGAACCGUAACCUUAGUUUGGUGUCUCGGUGCACUGCUGUAAAUGACAAUCUUGUUUCUGGUGAGGUUUUUAUUUUGAACUGUUUUAUUUAUGUAAUUAAGUUAAUGUUUAAGGUUAUGACCGCAAUUGAAGCGUCUUC